GGGCGGGCAGGGCAUUCCCUUAGGCCGCUCCGCUGGCUGUGCUGCAGUUCCCCGCGUGGCGUGUGGGGUUGGCGGGCGGUGGGGGCCGGUCCCUGGGACGCUCCAGGAGCGGUCGAGGUGGCGCCGGUGCUGGCGGCUUCCUCGGUGCGGGUGGGUGUUGGGGUCGGGGUGGCGGGGCCCGGACGGCCCCUGCCGGCAGCGCCUCCUGCGGCAGCCGCCAGGCCGGCCUGCUGCUGAGGAGGCCGCUCCGUGUGGCGGGAAGGCGGCGAGGCAGACCCUGCCCGGCCCGGGUGUCGGUCUCGUCGCUGGGUUUGUUACCGCUGACCCUUCGGUGGCCGUUGGAAGCCGUUACGAACCGUUGGGAGGCAGUGGUUGGAUGCGGCCUGUUGCCUUCAGAUGUGUGCGUGCAGGGAGAGAAGAGUUUGUGUGUGAUAGCUUCUAUCAGUGCAAUAAACUUUCUUUUCUAGGUGACAAGAAAAGGAGAAUUUGUCCUUUUCGGUGUACUGGACCUUACUUAACUGAAAAUGGGACAUAACCAAAGUUUUCAGCAAAAGAAGCUGUAAAAUAAUUCGGGUGUUUAAAAUAAUUUCAUUUUUUGUGUGAUGUGUUUUUUUGUGUUUUGUUUUUGUUGUUGUUGUUGUUUGUUUGUUUUGUUUUUUGUUUGUUUUGUUUGGGUUUGUUUGUUUGUUUCAGCUGUGGUUCUGAGCAUUCUGAAGCAGUAAAAUUAAAGUGGUAGAACCAGAGUAGUUCUCUGGUGUACAGGAAGUCUUACAGCUCUGUUUAAGCUGAUAAACAGGACUCGUCUUUGGAAUCCCAUGACACAAAAAAGAAAUGUGCUUUAAGGAAAGGCACUGUGGUACAGUAGACUUUGCUUUAAUUUGUUUAAGUUAAUAAGAAUUUCAUUCAGCCUGUUUGAAUAGAACGUGUAUGUAAAUGUCAGCAAAAUAUAAAACAAUUUUCUGUUACAAGCCUGAGCUGUGUAAUAUCAUGACUGGAGAACUAAAGCUAAAUUGAGUCAGUAUCUGAUAGAUUAGAAUUAAUGAUGGCAAGAGGUUGCACUGCUGCCAGACAAAAACAUAGAAUUGUUCUUCCUCCCCCUGGCCCCGUUGGUUCUUUUGAGAACCGUUACGGGGUUGGAUGGUGCUGAGCAGGCACAGGCUGACUGAAAGGAACAAGUGGCUUUACCGUCAUGGCCACUGCCUCCUAUAUAUGAGGGAUCCUCACUUUAGCCUUUGUCCAGUUGCUCUGAAGAGGGGAUGAAUGCCACCACAAGCAAUUCCAGUGGCUUCCAUUAAGCCCUGCCUGUGUAAGGAGAGACAAAGGGUCCUCUCAGUUCUUCCUUCUUGAUGUCUGUCCUUUCCUCCUUAACUUCUUUUCCUUUUUCCCCUCUGAUUCACCACAAGUCGUCUGCUGUCUCUCAGCAAUCUACGUCUUUUGCAGCUCUGGCACAAGAAUGCAGCUGAAAUCAGUGCUCUGAGCAGUCCAGGUUGGCCACGUUGCAUAGUAUAAUAGCAGGUGAGCCAUGUCUUUCCAUUCUGGCCGAGGAUGUCCCCGUGGUCAAGGGGGACCAGGAACAAGAACUUCAACACAGACCUACCGCCCUCAGAACCUACGGCAGCUUCACCCACAACAGCCCUCUGUACAAUACCAGUAUGACCAGCAAACUGCCCCUCCAACAACCUAUUCAAACCCUCCGACCACUGGUUACAUGCCUCCCAGGCCAGACUUUGUGCCCUAUCCUCCUCCAGUGCCCCCUUCCACACAAAAUCCUAUCAGCCAGUGUCCUGUGAGGCCACCAUUUCCGAACCACCAGAUGAGGCAGAGCUUCCCAGUGCCUCCGUGCUUCCCUCCUGCUCCUCCACCUGUGCCAAAUCCGAGCAAUGCUCCUGUGCCAGGAACUCCUGCUGGGCAAAGCACCUUUCCCUACAUGAUGCCACCUCCCACAGUACCGCAUCCUCCUCCCCCACCAGUCAUACCGCAGCAAGUCAACUACCAGCCCAUGUACUCCACAGGGUAUUCACAGCAGUCUUUCCCACCGCCCACCUUCAAUAGCUAUCAGCACAGCUCUGGCUCUUUUCAGAGCAGCGCUGCCAGCAGCGGUGGCGGCAGCAGCCACUUCCGGCACACAGGUCAGUACCAGGGAGAGAAGUCACAAAGUGAUCGGCGGUCCCCAGAGAGAAGCAAGCACUAUGAUGACCACCGACAUCGUGAACACAGUCACAUCCACGCUGACAGGCAUCGGUCCACUAACCAUGGGGAUCGUCGGGAUCGAGGCCGGAGUCCGGAUAGGAGAAGGCAGGAAAGCAGUCGGCACCGGACAGAUUAUGAUAGAGGAAGGAUAUCGCCUCAUCACAGAAGUUACGAGCGUAACAGGGAGCGGGAGAGGGAAAGGCAUAGGCACCGUGACAGCAGAAGAUCACUGUCACCAGACAGAUCCUACAAGAAAGAUUACAAGAGAGCAGGAAGCCGUUCUCCAAGCAGAGAGAGAAAGAGACCCCGAUGGGAGGAGGACAGAGAAAGGUGGUCUGAGAACCAGAGCUCCAGCAAAGAGAAAAACUAUACUGCUAUCAAAGACAAGGAAUCAGAGGAGAAUGCAUCUGAAAAAAAUGAAGAGGAAGAUGAGGAAUUACUUAAGCCAGUCUGGGUUCGCUGUACCCAUUCUGAAAACUAUUAUUCCAAUGACCCUAUGGAUCAAGUGGGUGAUUCUACUGUGGUAGGAACAAGCAAGCUCCGAGAUCUGUAUGAAAAGUUUGAUGAGGAGUUAGGAAAGCGACAGGCAAAGGCCAAAGCAGCCAGGCCACCAUGGGAGCCACCAAAGACCAAGCUGGAUGAAGACUUAGAGAGCUCCAGUGACUCGGACUGUGACUCUGAAGAUGACAGCAGCUGCUCUAGCAGUUCGGAUUCAGAAGUUUUCGAUGUCAUCGCAGAAAUUAAGCGUAAAAAAGCACACCCUGAUCGUCUCCAUGAAGAACUGUGGUACAAUGAUCCAGGACAGAUGAAUGAUGGACCUUUGUGCAAGUGUAGUGCUAAAGCCCGACGAACAGGCAUAAGACACGGCAUUUAUCCUGGUGAAGAGCCCAUUAAACCAUGUCGCCCCAUGACCAACAAUGCUGGAAGACUGUAUCAUUAUCGAAUUACUGUGUCACCUCCCACAAACUUCUUAACAGACAGACCUACUGUUAUUGAGUAUGAUGACCACGAAUAUAUCUUUGAAGGGUUCUCAAUGUUUGCACAUGCCCCACUAACAAAUAUUCCUCUAUGUAAAGUAAUCAGAUUUAACAUUGACUAUACAAUUCAUUUCAUUGAGGAGAUGAUGCCUGAGAAUUUUUGUGUGAGGGGUCUUGAGCUGUUCUCUUCAUAUCUAUUCAAAGAUAUUUUGGAGCUCUAUGACUGGAAUCUUAAAGGUCCUUCACUUGAAAGUGAUUCUGUUUGCUGCCCCAGAUUUCACUUCAUGCCACGAUUUGUGAGAUUUCUUCCAGAUGGAGGGAAAGAAGUACUCUCAAUGCAUCAGAUUCUUCUCUACUUGUUGCGAUGCAGUAAAGCUCUGGUGCCUGAAGAGGAGAUUGCCAACAUGCUUCAGUGGGAAGAACUGGAAUGGCAGAAAUAUGCAGAAGAAUGCAAAGGAAUGAUUGUUACCAGCCCUGGCAUGAAACCCAGCUCAGUGCGUAUUGAUCAACUGGACCGCGAACAGUUCAAUCCCGAUGUAAUUACUUUCCCCAUUAUUGUCCACUUUGGGAUACGACCUGCUCAACUCAGUUAUGCUGGAGAUCCUCAAUACCAAAAGCUGUGGAAGAGUUAUGUGAAGCUGCGUCACCUGCUGGCUAAUAGUCCCAAAGUCAAACAGGCUGAUAAACAGAAAUUAUCACAAAGAGAGGAAGCACUGCAGAAAAUUCGUCAGAAGAACACAAUGAGACGUGAAGUGACCGUCGAGUUGAGUAGCCAAGGUUUCUGGAAAACAGGGAUACGCUCUGACGUCUGCCAGCACGCAAUGAUGCUUCCUGUCCUUACCCACCAUGUCCGCUACCAUCAGUGUCUGAUGCAUUUGGACAAAUUGAUAGGCUACACUUUUCGAGACAGGUGUUUGCUGCAGCUUGCCAUGACUCAUCCAAGCCAUCACUUAAACUUUGGAAUGAAUCCAGAUCAUGCUAGAAAUUCCUUAUCCAACUGUGGGAUUCGACAGCCGAAGUAUGGAGAUAGAAAAGUUCACCAUAUGCACAUGAGAAAAAAAGGCAUAAACACCCUGAUAAAUAUCAUGUCCCGUUUGGGACAGGAUGAUCCAGCUCCUUCCAGGAUUAACCACAACGAGCGUUUAGAAUUUCUGGGAGAUGCUGUCGUGGAGUUCUUAACAAGUGUCCACUUGUACUACCUGUUUCCCACUCUGGAGGAAGGAGGAUUAGCUACGUACCGCACUGCCAUCGUGCAGAACCAACACCUGGCCAUGUUGGCUAAGAAGCUGGAGCUAGAUCGGUUUAUGCUUUAUGCUCACGGUCCAGACCUUUGCAGGGAAUCGGAUCUCCGCCAUGCAAUGGCCAACUGCUUUGAAGCCCUAAUAGGAGCUGUUUAUCUAGAGGGGAGCCUAGAAGAAGCAAAGCAAUUAUUUGGACGUUUACUCUUCAAUGACAAGGACCUGCGGGAUGUAUGGCUUAAUUAUCCACUACACCCACUCCAACUGCAGGAGUCCAACACUGACAGGCAACUCAUUGAGACCUCUCCAGUUCUUCAGAAGCUUACAGAGUUUGAGGAGGCAAUUGGAGUAAUUUUUACUCAUGUUCGUCUUCUAGCACGUGCAUUCACUCUGAGGACAGUAGGCUUUAACCAUCUGACUCUAGGCCACAACCAGAGGAUGGAAUUCCUGGGUGACUCCAUAAUGCAGUUGGUAGCCACAGAGUAUUUAUUCAUACAUUUCCCUGAUCAUCAUGAAGGGCACUUAACGCUGUUGAGAAGUUCUUUGGUAAACAACAGGACUCAGGCCAAGGUGGCAGAAGAGCUGGGUAUGCAAGAAUUUGCCAUCACUAAUGACAAGACAAAAAGACCUGUAGCUCUUCGAACUAAGACUUUGGCCGAUCUCUUGGAAUCCUUUAUUGCUGCCUUGUACAUUGAUAAAGAUUUGGAAUAUGUUCACACUUUCAUGAAUGUAUGCUUUUUCCCACGUCUAAAGGAAUUUAUUUUAAAUCAAGAUUGGAAUGAUCCUAAAUCUCAGCUUCAACAGUGCUGCUUGACUCUCAGGACAGAAGGAAAAGAGCCAGACAUUCCUCUUUACAAGACUUUGCAGACAGUGGGACCAUCUCAUGCCAGAACAUACACAGUAGCUGUUUACUUCAAAGGGGAAAGAAUAGGAUGCGGUAAAGGCCCAAGUAUUCAGCAAGCAGAAAUGGGAGCUGCAAUGGACGCACUUGAAAAAUAUAACUUUCCCCAGAUGGCCCAUCAGAAACGCUUCAUUGAACGGAAGUACAGACAAGAGUUGAAAGAAAUGAGGUGGGAAAGAGAGCACCAGGAGAGAGAGCCAGAUGAGACUGAAGAAGCAAGGAAAUAAAAGGAGGGCACAGAAGCAGUGGUGUAUUUACUUACUUAAUAACUCUGACUGUGGCCUAUAGAGACCUAACCUAGUUUCUUGCAGAUGAUGAAUGAGGAAUGCCUGUUGAUAUCAAAUAGAGAAUCAUAAUCUCCUCUUUAAAAAGUUUGUGUAUAUAUAUUAUUUCUCUAGUUUGGUUUAAAGUGCAAAGUUUGUUUGGCUUUUUAAUAAGAUUUGGUUUUAAAUCCUUUUAAGUUUUAUGAAAAGUUGUGGGAUUAUUUUUAUUAUUUUUACUGUCUUGUAUGAAGUAAUAAAGUAUUAAUUUCAAAAA